UCGCGUGCAAAGGAGGCUUGACUUUGGUAUAUUUCGAAGUUUUAGUUUUGGUCACACGACCUGUCUCCAUUUUGCAAAGAUGUCCUUUAAGCCUAUUGAUCCCAAGCGCGACGAGAUCCGGCGUUACCUGGAGCGCGGCAGCGUCCUAGACUCGCUGACCAAGAUCUUUAUACGAGUGAUCAAGGAGAGACCUGAGAAUCCGAUGGAGUACAUACGAAACAACAUUGGGGUAGUGCGUCACCAGCACGACAAAUACGAGCGCCUGCAGCAGGAUCUGCAGCUCGCCAACGAUGAGAUUCAACGUCUGCGUGGCAUCAUCAAUAGUAUUAAUCCUGAGGUACUCCAGGGCCAUCCAGGGCCCGUUACCCCAACUGAAGUGGUGGCUGCCUCGGAACUGCAGCAGGUGGACGUAAACGAAACCACUAAAGUGGUGGAACAGCAGGAGAAUGGAGAACUUAGUCCAGAGAAACCUGGAGAAAGUUUGGCAGCCGUUGUAGAAGUUACAACUACUAUGGAGAACUGUCAAAUUGAGGAGAAAGCAGUGGUUCCCAUCGAGGACGCUGCUCAUCCUAGCCCAUCCGUCCAAGUGGAGGCCAGUAGCUCCAACGAGUAGAUCUCAGAUGACAGCAGCUCACAAGCUCACACCAAAAACAUCCCAUUAGAAGGCAUCCAUUUAGAACAAAUGUUAAGUAUUUUCCUAAAUGUAAAUGUAAAUAAAGCAAAAAAGAAAAAUAUGCAGAAAA